AUGAAAUUCAUAUCAAAUCCUUUAAAAAUAACAGAAGAUAGAUCAACUCCAUCAGAAGUUUAUAAUUGGAAAGUUUAUAUAUUUGGUUUAAUAUUAGGCUUAUCAAGUUUAGAAAUUGGUUAUGAUUCGGGAUUUAUUGGUGGUUCAGUUGCACUUGAUUCUUUUAGAAGAGAUUUUAAACUUGAUGAAAUGUCAUCAUCAGAUUCUUCAUUUAUUAUAAGUAAUAUAGUUUCAGUUUUCCAUGCUGGUUGUUUCUUUGGUUCAAUUUUUUCAUAUCCAUUAACUUUUAAUUAUGGUCGUAAAAUUGGUCUUAUUGGAUCUUCAAUUAUAAUGGCUAUUGGAGCAAUAAUAAUGUUGAUUAGUUCAAAAGAUCGUGGAUUGGGACCAAUGUAUGUGGGUAGAACUUUAACUGGCCUGGGUGUUGGUGCUUCAACUUCAAUUGUACCUGUUUAUCUUGCAGAAUGUUCACCAGGUCCUAUAAGAGGUCGAAUUUCUUCAAUGUAUGAAAUUGGAUGGAGAAUUGGUGAUACUGUUGGAUUUUUCAUUUCUUAUGGUGUUGAUUCUACUAUAAGUUCAUCUACAAAACAAUGGUUUAUACCUUUUAGUAUACAAUUAAUACCUGCUGGGUUAUAUUUGAUUGGAGUUUUUUACCUUAGGGAAUCUCCACGUUGGUUAUAUAGUCAAGAUAGACAAUCUGAAGCUUUAAAAAAUUUAACAUGGAUGAGAAAUUUAGAUUCAAAUCAUGAAUAUAUUAAAUGGGAAAUAUCAAAUAUUAAAUCAGAAUUAGAAUAUGAAAAAACUCAUACAGGCCAAGGGUUUUUCGAUCCCUUUUUGAAAAUUUUAAAAUCAAAAAUCCUUUUAAGGAAAUUAUUUAUAAGUUGUUCAUUAUAUAUUUUACAAAAUUUAUAUGGUAUUCAAUCAAUUAAUUAUUUUUCACCAGUUUUUUUCAAACAAAUUGGUGUAAAGGGAACAAAUUCUUCAUUAUUCUCCACAGGGAUGUUUGGAAUUGUUAAAUUAAUUGCAACAUUAUUUUGGUCUUUAUUUAUAGUGGAACAAUAUGGUAGAAGAACCACGGUAUUAACAUGUGCCCCAAUUUGUGCAAUUUGUUUUUAUUAUAUAGGAGGAUAUGUUAAAUUUAAUUCUGGUGGUGCAAGUGCCAAAGCAGCAUUAGGGAUGUUAUAUAUUUGGACUUUUUUCUUUAUAGUUUCAUUAAGUGGUACACCAUAUAUUUUCAGUGCAGAGAUUAUUUCAGAUACCACGAUAAGAGGUGGUUUCCAGGUGAUAAAUUCAAUGUUUUUGUGGUUAAGUGUUUUUUUAAUGACAAGAUUUACUACAAAUAUGAUUGAAAGUAUGUCAUAUGGAAUCUUCUUUUUUUUUGCAACUUGGGCCGUUUUAACUAUACCAUUUGUUUAUUUUUUAAUGCCAGAAACAAGAGGUAUUAGUUUAGAAUAUAUGGAUAGAUUAUUUCAAUAUAAGGCAUGGAAGGCACAUAAAUUGGUGUUAAAUGAGAUUCAAGAAGAAUCAAAAUUGGAUCAAUUUGAAAGAUUAUAUGAAAUUGAAGCAAAUGAAAAAAAUAAUUCAAAUUAUAUUGAAACUAAAAGUGAUGAGACAGCUAAAUUAUAG